AAAUAACACAUUUUGGAUAUAAAGUGCACUAGAAAUGCGAUACACUUGUACCCUAAAUAGUGAACGAAUGUAUUGAGUAAGGAGGUAUUUGGAAUAGAACGCGUGGACGCUAGCUAAGCCGAGUCCGUCCAAACACCGGUAUGUUAGCAUAGCAGGAAUCACUACUGAGGUAUUGCAGUAAAGUUGGUCAGCUCAUCACUUCCAACAUCAGGAUGUUUAACCCUCACCAUCACCAGCAGCAGCAGCAGCAGCAGUUUCAUCAGCACCUUCGUCAGCUGCAGCAGCUGUUCCAGCAGCAAACCCCACCGCCGCCUCCUCCACCUCCUCCACCACCACCCCAACCUCCACCAACACAUCACAUCCCCCAUCACCACGGGGGAGGACGGCCUAUGACUGUCCCGGCUCCGGCGCCUCCUUCUGCCCGCAUGGUCAACCUGUGCUCUGCCACCCAGACCAUCAUCGCCCCUAAUCCCAUGCUGCAAGGUGCAUUGCUGAUGCAGCAGAUGCAAGGGGGGAUGCGGAGCUUUGCCAUGGGUGGACAGCAGUUUCAGCAGUUUUUCGCUGCAGGCUCCAGAUCCUCCAUUUUGGGACCGGUUCCACUCGGGGUUGCUAUAAAAACUCCACAUAUGGGAUUUCCUCCACGACACUUCAACCCUCAUGCUCGCUAUUUUAACAACGACUUUCAGUCACGACAGCCGGACAGGAAGAGAGAGAAUGAACACAGACCUGCAAUCGCGCCCGACAGCCAGUCUGGGGCGAGCAGCAGCCGAGAUGAAACCACAUCAGUGGCAGAUGUCAGCGGUCAAUCAUCCACGCAGCAGCCGGAUGAGCCUGCUGCUAAGAAACAGCGAGCUGAAGGGUCAAACGACCCUCUCGAGACCGAAGCAUCUCCGAGUACAGAGUACGAACGCACUGCUGAAGAUCCUGAUACUGCAGACUGCAUACCAGAAGAAGACGGGACUGUAGCCGGGUCCGAGGCAGCCGAGGCACUGGAGCAAAGCCGGGCAGCUGAGCAAGUCGAAGGCCCCGAGUCUUCACUCAAAAAUGCAGAUCAGCAGAGUAGUUCGAACCAGCCGGAGCCCGUGGGUUCGGGGACUGUAUCUGAUGGUAAAGACGACGCAGCCAGGAGCAGUGACGCGGCUAGGGAAGCAGCAGCAGAUGGAGGAGGAGGAGAAACUGCUAACAAAUUCUACUGCUAUAUCUGUAACAUUACCUGCCACAACCAACAAAAUUUCCAGAGCCAUAUGAAUGGACUGGCCCAUCAGCAGAGGAUGAUGGAAAUUCAGCACAUGAGUAACGCCUGCCUCGUCACACUGCUCCCUCGUGUACAGGAGUCUCUACAGGGGCCACGCAAAGACGGGGAGAAAAGACCAGGCUUGCAGAGGUGGUGUCCCACCUGUAAAACCCACUUCACUACGAAUGUCAUGGAUCAUCGUAAAACCAAGGAGCACAAGCUCUGUAGCCGUUCUCAGACUCCCGGCUGUACCGUCUGUAAGCAGCAGUUUAGGACGUCCAGAGAAUUCGUCGAACACAUGCAGUCCACCGAGCACAAGCAGCGCAUGGAGCAGUUGUUAAAAGAGACCGGGAAAGGGAACCUGGACGAACUGGGUUUGGAGGUGUACACAGUGGGCGCUGACGAAGAAGGCAUCGACAGUGAGGAGGAAGAGAAGGUGGAUGAAGAAAACGGACAGCAGGAAGGUCUGCCUGUACAGAUGGAGGUCACAUUGGAAGAUAUGACGGAGGAGGAAGAGUUCGACUCAGACACCGUAUACGGUUCCAACUUUGUCAUCCCCGUGGCCGGGUUCCUGUGCCGACUGUGUAACGAGUUUUAUCACUACGAGGCAUCAGCACGACGCUCGCACUGCAAAACGCUCCAACACUUCGAUAAUCUGAAGAGAUAUAAAGCAUUAAAGAUUCAGGAAGUUUCAGCUUUACAGGCCUCAGAGUCAGUUUGCACCUCAGAGGAUCAUCAAUCCAAGGACACAGAGUCUCCUAGUGGUUCCUCUUUAAGUGACCCUGUCAUCAGCAACAGUAGACUAGUGUCCACUGAAGCAGCUACAGUUCAGGAAAGCAUCACUACUAGUAUCACCACCACAACCACCGCCAGCACCAGCAAAGAGAAUAACAACAACACCGGCAGCGGCAGCGCGCCGCCUUCUCCUCCUAACCAGCAGCCUGUUUCUGGGUCUCCAACCAAGACCAGAGAUACAGAGGAAGACACGGUCACGGAAGAGCCUGAUGCGGACGAGCCCGAGGAGGACGUUCUCAGCCCCGUGCCCGAAGAGAAGACGACCCGAGGGCGCGGAAGAACGCCCGCCAAGAGAAGAGGGAGGGGAGGACGACGACGCUGAGCACUGGGGAAGAUGCAGAGAUGGAGGAAUGAGCUGCUAGAGUUAGAAAGAGUGGGAAAAAUGUAAUUCGAUGUUUAUUACCCAUCUUCUGCUGUUCACUAAAAGUGUGGGAACCCAGGACAGUAGGACAGACCCUGUAGAGAAUAGGUCUUUUUUUCAUUAGUCAUUUUGUAGGUCCUUGUCCCGGAUUUGACAUUUAAACCCCUCAAAAGUUUUAGUAUGUUUUUUGUUUUUUUUUAUUUAAUUUUUUCCUCCCUUUGAGCUUUGUUCAGAAUGUGUACUGACGAAAUAAGGAUCUUGCACAUUUCCAUCUCGUGAGGUUCUUGAUCCCUCAGAAGCUUGUAGUGACUUAGAAUGUAGCAACGUUUUACUUUAACAAGCAUUUUUAUCAUGGUUCUGUAAAGCAUAAAAAAAAAAAAAACAAUUACGGUACAUUUAUUUUGAACGGGAACACGUGUUUAGAGACGAUCCGCGGAAUAACGUGCAACCGAGCUGCGAAUCAAACGAACAUCAAGUUUUAAAGGUAAACAUGAUCACAGUUCCUAACUUGUUUAUUUUGGGGUUUUUUUUUUAGCUUCAGGCUAAAUUCAGGUAAAUCCUGUUCAGAAACCUGUGAUGUGCUUUUGGAUAAAUGGUCUUUCAUUGUAGGCAGGAUGUAUAGACACGCCUCAGAUGCUGUGUCUUCUAGAGAAACGGAAGCGUGCGUGUGGUGUACACAUUAAAGCCUUCAUACGUUGGAUUCGAUUGAUGACAAAAAAAAACUCAAAUCGGUCUAAAUGCAUAACGUCUGCCGGUCACCUGCGGAGAAGGUGAUGUUUUACGACCCGAGCUUGGAGAGAAGAAACCGAGCUCUUACAGGUUUGCGCAAAAAGCCUUCAAGAGCUUGCUAUUCCAACGAGCAACAAGGAAAGUGUUACUUCACGAGCGUUCGCCGCUGUCUUUAGCCUAGAAUCCGGGAGCAUCUUCUUGAACAUCAUCUUAGUGUCCUAGUGUCAGUGGAGUUGUCGUUCUUAAUGUUGUUAGCUUAGCUGGACGUACCACCAUGCCGUUUGUUUUUCAUGCUCCUAUCACUAGGCGAGGCUAAUCGGUCAGAUUUUUUUUUUGUUGUUUCUGUCUCAGUAAUUCACACUUUUUUUUUCACUCGGUUUAAUUUUACAGCUAUGGUAUGCGGUCCAAAACAAUGACAGGAUCUGGUCCACCCUAUAGAUCGACGUUUGGUGGAAAUGAAAAAGACACAGCUAUCCUUGUGGGUUUAAAAGCAUCUCCAAACAUCUACUUUAGUCUGCUAGGCCGUGUUGGUAUACAUCUCUCCAAAUCCUGUGCUUACGCUUUCUUUUUUAAAAAUGUGAGCAAGUGCAGAAUAACUAUUAAUAACUAACUUGGAUUCAUUUAUUCAUAAAUCCUGUAUAGAGAAACACUGAAGAAGAGCUGCUUUAUACAAAUUUGUUGUUGUUGCUGGUUUUUUUUUUUUUUUUUGGUGAGGAUCUUUUCCCUCCCUCAGUGGCAUUAGUUGUGUGAUUGUAAUACUUUUUUUUCCUGUGUGGUGUUUUUUUUUUGUUUUGUUUUGUUUUUACAUAUUUUUCCCCUCCCAUUUGCAUCUCCACACACUGUCAAAAUACACUGGAAAAAACCCUAAACCCGCAUGUUUUGUGUGUUUAACCCGGCAAGUAAAAGUCGUGAUAUUUGGCUGUUGCGCCGCAAUACACUUGGUAACUCUGGGACAGUAACCGCUGCGCUUUAGAUAGAGAUAAAUAUACAAUCCCAAGUGGAUUUAUCAUCUCAUUUCCCCAAAUGAUACUCAGAUAAAUUUGUCUUGGAGUCACGAACGUGAUCCCCUGCACAGGCUUUGUUUAGAAAGCGUUCACACUUCCAGUGUCAUUGGACUUGUGUGAUUUCUUUUCAUUAAUAAGUGGAUUUGCUAGCAAUAGUGGGAAUGUUUGGUCUUUGAGAAUUGUUUCUUCAGUGAGAUAUUAAGUGAUUUGAUUUGAAUUGAAGUGAUAUGUUUUAGUGACCAAGAUGUCCAGAAAGAUCUGAAGCCAUAUCCAGAUCAAGCACAGGUCUAGAUCUGCCCUCAUACUGUCCAGGAAUUCUAUUAUUAACAAAUCUGCUCGAGAGAGUUGAGAUGAUCGUUUCUUCAGGAUUUGAAAGCCGUAAACACUCAACACAGUUCCUCUUUGAGGUGUACAUUUUAAGCUGAUUAAUCCUUCUUGAAAAAAAAAUUUUUUUUAAUGAAUGGCAGACACGAGUUAGCCACA